CAGCGCUGGGACUUCCCGGCCAGCUGGUCGGGGGCGACUGCGCUGACUUGCCCUACGACAGUCUUCCCUCCGGCUGGCUUCUGUCCUGGGACGCCGGGACACCUGUCGCCUAUUUUUAAAAAAUACUCAAAUUCCAAGAAUACACUGGAUAUAAAACCAAGAGGAAAUCAUGAAGUAAUAAUGUUUUAAUUAUUGAAACUACAAUCAAAAUCAUGGCUACAUCAACAAACCUGGAUAUUGGAGCCCAGCUGAUAGUGGAAGAGUGUCCCAGCAGUUAUAGUCUAACUGGCAUGCCCGACAUUAAAAUAGAACAUCCGCUGGACUCAAAUUCAGAAGAAGGGUCAGCUCAGGGUGUUGCCAUGGGAAUGAAAUUCAUAUUGCCUAAUCGAUUUGAUAUGAACGUGUGUUCUCGGUUUGUGAAGUCCUUAAAUGAAGAAGAUAGUAAAAAUAUUCAAGAUCAGGUUAACUCCGACCUGGAGGUGGCAUCUGUCCUAUUUAAAGCUGAAUGCAACAUUCAUACAUCUCCUUCUCCGGGAAUUCAAGUAAGGCAUGUCUACACUCCCUCUACAACAAAGCAUUUCUCACCCAUAAAACAGUCAACUACUUUAACCAACAAACAUAGAGGAAAUGAGGUCUCUACCACACCUCUAUUAGCAAAUUCCUUGUCUGUUCACCAGUUGGCUGCUCAGGGGGAGAUGCUCUAUCUGGCUACUCGUAUUGAACAAGAAAAUGUUAUCAAUCACACGGAUGAAGAAGGAUUUACUCCUCUGAUGUGGGCUGCAGCACACGGGCAAAUAGCUGUGGUAGAAUUUCUACUUCAGAAUGGGGCUGAUCCUCAACUUUUAGGAAAAGGCCGAGAAAGUGCCCUGUCAUUGGCCUGUAGUAAAGGUUACACAGAUAUUGUAAAAAUGCUGCUCGAUUGUGGAGUCGAUGUAAAUGAAUAUGAUUGGAAUGGAGGGACACCUUUGCUUUAUGCUGUGCAUGGAAAUCAUGUGAAAUGUGUAAAAAUGCUCUUAGAAAAUGGAGCUGACCCAACAGUUGAAACAGACUCCGGAUAUAAUUCUAUGGAUUUAGCUGUAGCCCUGGGCUACAGAAGUGUUCAACAGGUUAUUGAGUCACAUUUACUGAAGCUGCUUCAGAAUAUCAAGGAGUAGACAUAAUUGUUAGAAAAUGCUGUCUGCCCUUUUGUUUACUUUUUGGCCCUGAUAAAUGAUAGUUUCGUUUACUUAUAAUUUUUACCUCAGUUGUAAUAUUUACUGAUUUUUAGUAAGUUUUAAUAAAUACUCCUCUGAGUAAUUCAGUGGUUUUUAAUAAAAUUAAUGUUGAUGCUUUUUUUAUAAAUAUGUUUUACUGCAUAUUUUAAAUUAUAAAUUAAUGUUUUGUGGCAUGUAAAUUUUUAUGGUACAGAUAGUUAUGUCUUUGUAUCAAGUGCUAUGAUUUUAUAUUUUUCAGAAAUUAUUCCACCCUCUUCAUCGUCACUCUUGUAUUAACUCAUUGACUUUAUAUAGGGUUUGCUAUAAAUCCAUAUAAAAUAAAUUUUGUUAUUGUUGAAAUGAAAAAUGCAUAAUGUGAUUGUUUACAAAAUGCUGUUAUAAAUAAAGUACUUUUCCUGUCAGUUUGCAUGCUAGUCUUUUUUCCUAAUUGUAUAACAUUAUCAGGGAUUUUAUUUCAACCUUUCUGCCAGGGCACUUCAUUAGAUCAAACAGUAUAAGUAAGAUAAAUUAAAUGUAUAAGUCAAUCAACAAAGACUUACUAAUUCUCAUUUUAUAGGUAUAUUUAGAAUAUGAUUGUAUUGUAAAUAAGUUUUUUUUGUAGGAAAAGCCCUCCAUGAAUGAGAAGUUAAUUUUUCAAUAAAUGUCAGAUGCUCUUUAAUUCCACUAAAGAAGCACUGUAAACUCAUGUUACACCAAAAUUGAAGUUGUUUUGACCACCGAGUGUGGGACUUGAAUUAAAUCACUUCAUCUGAAAAUAGAACUAAUUGGAGCCCUGGUGGCACAAUGGUUUAAGUGUUCCACCCAUGUCAAUAGGGCAUACACUUUAAAUUGAUUUCCUAACUCUGUUGAUGGAUUUACCUAAAGUCAUUCACCCUUCCAUUUGGUUCCUUUAUUACUGGCACAUACCCAUGAAGUGAUAGUUCCUGUUCAUAUUAUACAAUAACAAAAUCCAAAGAUCCAUUUAGGCACAUCCUUCUGAGUAUAGCUGGCAAGUGCUUUCCCCACUGAAGAGCAGCCAAACAGCCUAUGCUGGUGUUCAGUGUAGAAUAACUGCUUCACUCUCGGUCUGACUCUUAGCAGUUGACAAGCAACAGAUCUCAACAAAUACCUUGAAGAAAAUUUCCCCCUUUCCAAUUCUACCAUAUUUAGCUUUAGAGUCCCUAAAACAAUCCCCUCUUCCCCCUGCCAAAAAAUCUCUUAAAUAGAUACUAGUACAAGUUAAUUAAAGCAACAGCAGUGAUGCUUAAGGGCCAGUUAUCAAAGUCCUCUUUUAAAAAUGAGAUGCCUUUUAGGAAGUGUUUAUUGGUUGGACAAAUAUUUUUUCAGAACUUAUGUUCCAAUCACUGUGAUUUACGCAAGGAUAAAUCAAGGUACUCAUUGUGAAAUGCACUAAGAAGGAAUACGUUACAAAAGGCUAAAAAAAUUGGUCUCCUGUAAAUAUGAAAUGAAUACCUGUUAAGUAUUUUAUUCAACUCAUUAAUUAAUGAGAGAACCUAUAAAAUGUUAAAACUAGUUCCAAGCCUGGAGAAGAUGUAAGGAGACUAGAACCCUUAUCCAUUGCUGAUGGGAUUCUAAAAUGUUAUAACCACUAUGGAAAACACUAUGAAACUUGCUCAAAAAAACUAGAAAUAGAGCUACCUUAUGAGCCAGCAAUCCCACUCCUAGGUGUAUACCCUAGAGAUCUAAUAGCAGUGACACAAACAGGCAUAUGCACACGUAUAUUCAUUGCAGCACUAUUCACAAUAGCAAAAAGAUGGAAACAACCUAAGUGCCCAUCAACAGAUGAAUGGAUAAACAAAUUAUGGUACAUACAUACAGUGGAAUACUAUGCAGCCAUAAAAAAUAAUGAGUACUCAAAACAUAACAUGGAUGAAUCUAGAGGACAUUAUGCAGAGUGAAAUAAGUCAAUCACAAAAGGGAAGGUAUUCUACGAUCUCACUUUUAUAAAAAGAUAAGAAUAGGUAUAGAUGCAAAGACUAAUAUUCAUUGGCAGUUACCAGGGAUGGUGGAGAGGAAGAGCAGGGGAGUCACUCUCUAGAUAGUAGACAGUUGUUAUUUUGGUGAUGGGAAAGAACACUGUGUAUGGGAGGGUGAGUGUGCACAGCCUGACCAAGGGAAAAGGCAUCACUAAAAUGUACACAAGAAAAAAAGGAUGCUUUGGUA